AUGACAGCUCCCGCGAAACAGUUCGUGAUGAGACAUGAUUUCAAAGAUGUUCCGAAUUUUAAAGAAGAUGUUAAUCAAUACAGUCCUAGAGAAGAACAUUUCAAUAUUCCUUGGAGACUGAAUGCCGUUCGAAAAGACGGAUUUCUCGGUGUCUAUCUUUAUUGCGAGCAACUUAAAACUAACAAGUGGUCCAUUCGUGUUGAAUUCAGCAUACAAUUGACAUCAGUAACUGGAAAACAAAAAAAAAUCCCCAGCUUAAGCUGCAGCUUGUCAACUUAUGAUACGGAAAACGGUUCAUGGGGAUGGCGAAAUUUUAUUGAUUGGAAAGAAAUGGAGAAAGAUUAUAUGAUUGAUGAGCAUAUUACUGUUGAAACUCACGUCAAAAUUAUCGAAAUUACUGGAAUCAAGAGAAAGAUAUUGAAACAUUUCGAUGCGACAAUGGAAGAGUUUUCAGAUUUGGUAAUUAUUGUGGAGGAUGAGAAGUUUUAUGUCUCAAAAUUGUUUCUCGCCGACCAAUCAACGUACUUCAAAUCUCUUCUGACUAAAAAACAAGAAGAAUCCGGAAAACCAGAAAUCACACUGGAUGGCUGCAAAUCAGAGGAUUUUCAGUACUUUCUGGAAUUGAUCUACGGAGAAUCACCAAUUGACGAUGAAACAAUCGAUCAAAUUGCUCAUUUGGCUGACAAAUAUAAAGCUCCCACUGCAAUCAGAAAAUGCGAAGAAUUUCUGAUGAAAAAUUCUGGAAAAACAUUGAAAAAGAAGUUGCAAAUGGCUAAAACAUACAAGCUGGAAAAUUUGAAGACGGCGUGUCUUUCCAAUAUCAAAAAUGUUGAAGAAAUUCGUUCUGUCUUGUCAUACACAACUAGUGAAAUGGACCCAUCGGUCGUUGGAGCUCUCUUGCAGAAAUCUCUCUCACUUCUCCCAUAA